AUGUCUCAGCGGGGCCCACCCUCGCCCGAUAUGGUCGACCAUGCGGGCCACAACAAGCGUGGCCGCAUGGACAUCGACGACUCGUACGGCCAGCCUGGAGGGGGAGGGAGCGGCGGUGGCCACUUCGGUGGCUUCCCGCCGCCACCUUUCUCAUCUCCGGGCCCGGCGUACAACUACGGGCCCAAUUACGGGCCAGGUCCGGGACCCAACUACGGGCCCGGCCCCAACAACAACUACGGGCCCGGCCCCAACAACUAUGGCCCGCCCCAGUCCAACUACUCGGGCCCUUCGUACGGGCCGGAGUCGAAUGGCUGGGAGCGGGCCGCGGACGCGUACAAGGAACUUGCGGACGCGCGGCAAAAGUACGCCGAGCUCGCAAACGACUGCGGCGUACUCAAGGCAAAGGAAGCCGACCUCCGCGCGCGCAUUCGCGAGCGCGAUCGCGCACUGGACGAAGCGGGGACGAAGCUGAAGGGCCUCCGCGAGGAGCGCGACACGCUCCUCAAAGAGGUUACUUCUCUUCGUGCCGAGACGCAGUCGCUGAACAAGGAAGUUCAGCACCUCCGCCGUGGGUAUGCGCCUACCGGACCCCGAUUCGUUCCCCCGGGAUCGGAUGGGGGCUGGGACGGCGCCGGCCGAGGGCGCACAGCUGGAUCGGGCCACCACGCAACUACCCCGGUCCAGCCGCCCACCAAUGCCGUGGGCCCCACUCCUGCGAACACCACGACGACGGGCCACCGUACUACGGAAACCUCGUCGUCGCGCGUGCAGCAGGGGCCAACCAAUCGCUCCACCCAACCCGCACACGCUCGCGCCCCGCUCGCGGCCAGUCGAUGGGCCAGUCGAUGGGCCCCUCAGGGCGCGCAGCCGUCGGGCGCUCCGGUCCAACCUACAGCGCCCACGAAUGCGCCCCCGCAGGCAGUUGCGGUUCGGCCCGCGCCGCAGCCCGCGGCACUCCCGACGACUCGCAUCGCCCCGCAGUCGGUGCCAGUCUCCGAGUUCGAACUCAGUCUGAUGACUGAGGCCGAACGCGAGGCGCACCACGUUCUCAGCCGACAGGGCCAAGUCGACACUUCUCUCGAAGCGUCGGGCCAGCCUCUGUCGGCCUGGUACCUCAGUUGGAUUAGCCCGCCGCUGUCCAUGGCCGAGUCAUUCGACGCCAUGGACCACGAUGCGGGCGACGACGACGAGUCAGACGACGGCAAUGGUGCCGCCCCUGGUCUCGACCUGGUCUUCCCGGACCCCAUCUCCUCGUUCGCCAAUCAGUUGACCACUGCGGCUCACACCAAAGAGGUCAACCGAGCGGCUCGAGCCCGGGGAAUGGAGACUAUCGAACCCCUCCCGUCCACGGUGGACCCCGAGUUCGGAGCCUGGUCCGGCACCACCAUUGAAACGGUGGUGCAGGCCCAGAAUCUCCGAUGGUGGGCCCUAGUCGAAUGGGACGAAGAAGCCUUGCGCUUCUUGAAGUUCGUAGGAACCAUGUAUCAGGUGUCGGGGCACGUACGCCCUGAAGGCAUACGGUUCCUGCAGAAACAACAGAGCGCGGACGCGGCCCGGCGCAAGGCUCAUGCCCGGAAGCCUACGCCGCGCCCGGUCAACGCCCCCCGCAUGCACCUCGGUCGCUACCCUGAGGCCUCCGCCGACAUUGACGUCGUGUGGAGGUUCUUCAGGUGCGCCGAAGUGAGUACGUGGCCCACGGGGAUGAGGUUAGCGUCGGGCGCAGUGCCUCCCAGCACUGGCUUCAGCGUCCCUCUCCUCGCGGAUUGCCGCGCAUUCUUCCUGUUGUGGCACCUCCUCCCUCUUCGGUCGAAGAAGAAUCCCCACCACGAGCAUGACGCGCGAAUCCGCGCGCUCGCGGUGGAGCUAUUCUCCAUCCCCGGAUGGUACGAGCGCGUAGUCGCCGCCGGAGAGUUCAUCGCUGAACCCCAGGCGGCGCCCGUGCGGUACCCCUACUCGUCCGACGACGCCUCUCACGUCUUGAUCGCCGCGUGGUUCUGCACCCACGGCGUCGGACUGGCUGAGGAUAUCAUCACCUCCCUUCGCCGCUGGGCACUCCGCGCGCGCAACAUCACUCUGGAGAGAGAGGUCACGGACGAAUCCCCCUGGCCUGCUGAGCCUGCCUCGCUCGCCGCCGUCACCGGCCCCGCCGAGAUCGCCCUCGUCGUCAAAUACCACGAGCUGGCCUGGGGAUCACCCCUACUCGAGACCCACGAGACGAACCAUGGCGACUUCGACGAGCUGGACGACGGGGAAGAACUCUAG